CUACCUUUCUGACACACUCUAUCGUGAGGCCCAGGUGAGACAGUGUUUGUAAGGAUUCUGAGCAGCACUCACACACCCGUGUCUACGUACAUACACCUACAACUGAAGAAUUUCUCAUAGUAGGAACCAAAGAUGUGGAUUUUAUUCCACUUAGCAGCCCUGACAGCAGUGGCUGCGACCCAGAGGGACUGUUCCCGGGGGGCCUGUUACCCCCCUAUGGGAGACCUGCUCCUCGGUAGGGAACAUCAGCUUCAUGCCUCCUCCACCUGCGGCCUUGCCGGCUCUGAGGUGUUUUGCACCUACUUUGGACAGUGGAGGAUGAAGUGCUGUACCUGUGACUCCGGGAACCCAUCCAGUCAGUUGGCUCACACCAUCCAGAACGUUCUAUCCACCGCUGGACCCAACAGGUGGUGGCAGGCCAGGAAAGACGUGAGUCCGGUCACCCUACAGUUGGACCUACAGAACCUGUUUCAGCUGGACACCAUCAUUCUGACCUUCAAGGGUCCCCGCCCUAGUGCGCUGGUGGUGGAGAGGACGUUGGAUAAUGGUCAAACCUGGCAACCGUCACUCUACAUGGCCUCAGACUGUCGCUCGGCCUUCCCUGGCAUUGCCAUGACAAUGCCACACUCUCUGGACCAGACCUACUGCUACACCCUACCUCCCGUCCCCGCUUACUCUUACCAGGACCAGACUAUUCAGUUCAGCCCCUUGCGCCAGUUCUCUAGCAUCAGCGUCCCCAAUGGGCAGAAGAUUCAAGAGGUGUCAGGAUUGACAGGCCUGCGGGUGAAGUUGACUGAGCUGGGUGCUGUGCCCCGCUUGCCCGGCCGCACCCCCUCUCUGUUUUAUGCCCUCAGAGAGAUGAGAGUGAUGGGCACCUGCCUCUGCCACGGCCAUGCCAACCGCUGUCUGCAGGAUACUACUGCCAACCAGAUGCCUAGCACACAGGUUAGUGCUCAGUGUGAGUGUCAGCACAACACAGCAGGUGUAAACUGUGAGCAAUGUGCUGAUCUCUACAACGACCUGCCCUGGAGAUCUGCAGAGGAGGGAAACACACACACCUGCAAACGUUGUGAGUGUAACAACCAUGCCCAGCGGUGCCGUUUCGACCCAUCUGUGUAUGAGGCGAGUGGGUGGAGGAGUGGGGGAGUGUGUGAGGGCUGUCUGCACCACACAACCGGGCCUAAAUGUGACCGCUGUGCCCCUGGAUACCAACCCAACCACCGGAGCAGCAUAGACCAGCCUGAUGCCUGCAUACGCUGCCAUUGCAGUGCAGAGGGGGCGGAGAAUGGGGGUCGGUGUGAUGAUGUCACAGGGUCUUGUCGCUGCAAGAUGGGAUACUAUGGCCUGACUGCCUCCAACCCUCUGGGCUGCACGAAGUGCUUCUGCAGUGCAGAGGGCUCCCUGUCCAGUGUGUGUGACCCUGUGAGCGGUCAGUGUCCCUGUCAACCUUACCACCAGGGGCUGACUUGUGAACUCUGUUCCCGUGGUUACUGGAAACCCUCCUCCCUCCACGGCUGUGAGCCCUGUCACUGUGACCCCACCAACUCCCAUGGUGACACCUGCGACCGGAGUACGGGUCAGUGUCAGUGCAGGUCAGGGUUCGGAGGUCGUACCUGUACAGAAUGUCCUGACAACACUUAUGGAGACCCCCUCAUUGGCUGCAGACUGUGUCAGUGUGCUGCUGGAGGCAUGGUACCAGGAGGCUGUGAUAAGCGUACAGGGGCCUGCCGGUGCCGUAUUGGUGUCAUAGGUACUCAUUGCGAUGCCUGUAGCCGUGGCCAUGUUUACUCCUUUCCCGACUGUGAAGUCUGCCCCUCCUGCUUCUUCUCUCUGGACUCCUACAUCCAGAACCUCACCCUGGGCCUAGAGAGACUCUCCGCCAGAAUCCCCUCUCGUCCUGGUGGCUCGUUGCCCACCGGUCUGGGUCUCCGCAUCCAGGCCUUGGAGGCCACUCUCAUCCAGAUACGUGACUCUCUCCCACUCCCAACUCCCUCUAUGAGACAAGUCAACGACACCCUCUUUCAGCUACGCAGACUAAGGGACCAGUUAGAUCAGGUGGAUGGGGAUCUGUCACCCCAAGGCCGAGGCCUCGAGCUGGGCUCACAGCUGGACGAGUUGCAGGCUCUCCUGGGCGGUCUGGGUCUGCUGUACAACUCCAAGAGAGAUGCUCUAAGGAACCCUAUCAACUCCAACAAUGCAGGGGCCUUCUCUUCUAUAAAGAAUGCCUAUGACGAGUCCACGGAUGCGGCGAAGAGUGUGGAUGCUAGUGGGAAGACUGUAGAUCAAUCUUCAGCGGUCAGAGAGGACGCUCUUGACCUCCAGAACCAGGUUCAACCAGAAAACACCAGAGACCUGGAGAAACUCAACCAGCAGCUGAACACCAAACCUGACCUCUCACCCACUGCUAAGCAGGUGUGUGGCAGUGUGCGCUCUGCCCCUUGUACCCCUGCCCAGUGUGAUGGUGAGCUGUGCCCUGCGGAGGGGGCGCCACCCUGUGGUCGUGGCGAGAGUUGCGUUGGGGCUCUGCCUCUGGGGACCCGAGCUGUGAGGGAUGCUGAGGAGGUAAAGGACAGACUGCAGCAGCUCAAUGGGAAGAUCACACAGGCUGUUGCACAGAUCCAGAAAACACAGGACACGGUCAAUCUGGUCAGACAGUCCACGGACGAUCUGGUCAAUCAGAUGAGGCGGGCCAGGGAUGACUUGGAGGCAGAUCUGCAGGAGACAAGAUACUUUGUUAAAGAGCUGAAGGACUUCCUGUCAGACCCGUCGUCAGACCCGACAGACAUCAGCACGGUGAGUGAGUGGAUCUUGAACGCCAAGCUGCCUCUCAGUCUGGCAGCUCUGAAGAGGAAGCUUCAGGAGAUCAGAGCUCUGGCGGCAGGACUCCCAGACAGCAAAGCAGUCCUGGACCAGGCUGGACCACAGCUCGACACCGCCCGGCGCCUGCUACAGGAGGCCCAGGACGCCAGGGACGCUGGGCUGGGUGUGAAGGAUGAUGUUGACGGGCUGCUGAAGGGCUUCACCGCCGUGGAGGGCUCCCUCUCUGGCCUGAACGACAAAGUGCAGGACAGCCUGGACAUAGUGGAAGACAUCAGCAACAGUCUGGCACAGACCAAGGCCCAGUUGACUCCCUCGGUGAAGGCUCUAGGGGAGGUGUCUGCCCUGGCUGAGGGAAUGAAACCUCAGCUGGAGGGGCUCAAGGCGCUGGUGCGCUCUGGAGGUCUGCUGGCCCAGAAUGCUGAGGGAGAGGCCAAUAAGGCUAACAAGGAGGCAGAUGCUGUGACCAGGGACCUGGCGUCCCUGGAGAAGCAGCUGGAGCAGCUGCGUGCUGCAGAGAGGACCAGUGGUCAUGGCGAUGGGACGGGGACGACAGGUGAACGUCUCCGGAAGCUGCAGGAGGAGGCUGGUUCUCUGGCCCAGGACACUGGAGACAUGAUGAAGGCACUAGCAGGUAAAGCAGACUCUCUGCGUAGACUACAGGAUGAGGUCCUACUGAAGUCCCAGAGGCUGACCGGUCUGGACGGCAAACUGCGGGACCUCCUGGCUGACAUGAGACAGAAGGUCAAGAUCCUCUCCACCUGCCAGGGCUGAGAGGUAAAAGGGCAGAGGUCAUCCUCAAAUAGCCUCUUCAUUGAGAUAGAGGAGCGAUGUUAUUUAUUUUGUCCCAUUUUGUAGAAUAAAUGUCUCAAUAAAUAUAUUUUUUCAUGA